ACCAUACACACUUCCAAAUUCCACCUCCAUAACCCCACAAAACAUCUAUCUUUUUAUUCUUUUUUCCAAUCCCCAAAAUCCUUUCUUUAAUUCCUACAUGAUAUAAUCUUGAUCUUGAUUUUGAUUCUUCUUAUUCAUCAAGAUUCAAACUUUACCCUUUUAUGCACAUAACCUGUUUGAUUUAAUGUAACAUUUCUCUUUUCAUAAUUCAUAAAGAUUUACUUAUAAAUCAAGAAUCAAGAAAAAGGGGUCUUUUUUUUGGAUUCAAGAAUGUCACAGAUGCAACCAUUAAAGAAGCCACCAGGCUUCAAAGAUCCUACAAUUCCAAUCCAAAUGCCACCAAGAAAAGUUAAUCUUCCACCUUCAUUCAAUGCACAAAAGAAGAAAAACAGAAGUUGUUGUUGCAGAUGUUUUUGUUGUUGCUUUUUGAUUAUACUAAUCUUGUUACUCUUAUUAGUAGCUGCUUGUGGUUUGUUUUACCUUUGGUUUGAUCCAAAACUCCCUGUUUUCCAUUUAAGAUCUCUUGAGUUUACUAAAUUCAAUGUUAGUGAAAGCCAGGAUGGGCAAAGAUUGAAUGCACAAUCAGCACUUGGGGUGGAGUUAAAAAAUCCAAAUGGGGAGCUGAAGAUUGUGUAUGGUGAUACUAGAGUGGAUUUGAAAGGCGAAAACGACAUAAACAUGGGUGCAGGUGAAGUUGUUGGUUUUGUGCUGGAGAAUAGGAAGGUUAAAGUUGUUAAAUUCGUUAUGAAAUCGAAUGAGUUGUUGUAUGAUGACAGUAUUGGGAAAUUGAUUAUGAAUGGAUUCAAGAACAAGAAUUUGAGAGUUUCUGUUGAUGUGAGUACUGAUAUUGGUGUUGGAUAUAAAGGAUGGAAGAGUUGGAAAAUUAGAGUUAAGGUUUCUUGUGGAUCUUUGAGGUUAAAGCAGAUUGAAAAUGGUGCUACACCAAAAUGUGGCAUCACCUUGUUUAACUGGUUUGAUUUAAACUGAUUGAUUUAAGGAACGAAAGACAUCGCUGUCGGCAUAGGAUGAGAAGAAUGAAAUGCUAUUGUGCCUAAAUCAAAGUUCAUAAUGUUAUGCUCACCAUUAGGAUAUAAAGUUUGAUCUAAGUUAGUUUGAGAAGUUCCAUCUUAUAGUUGGUGUUUUUUUAUAGUAAGGUAGUAGUAGGUGGAGUUGCAAGUAUACCUUAGAAUAAUUUCAACUUGUAACCAAACUAUAAGAGGAUGAAAAAAUAGAUACUAUAAGAGGUACAUUUUACUUGUAAAGGCACUGGCUAUUUCUGUCAUGUGGGACAUUUUACAAAGUUCUUGAAAAUGUGAAAAUACACAUUCACCUCA